AUGAAAAAUAACCAAAACGAAAAUAAUGAAAAAGUUGAAAAAAGUGGAAACGAGAAAAGUAAAACAGUUUUCAAUAUGAAAGAAAAAAAUAAUGCAAAGAUUUUUAGUUGCAUUCCAAAUAAUUGCAAAAAUGAAAAUUUACAAAAUGUCAUGAAAAAUUAUCCAUUACAUAAAUAUCGAAGCAGAAGUGAAUCACAUGGGCAUAUAAAAAGUAAUAGAAUUUUUAUGGAUAGUGUAAAAGAAAGGAAUGAAAAUAACAAAAUUUAUGAUCAAAAUGAAAAAAAGGCAUCUUUAACAAGCAAAGAAUAUCAAAAAAAUGGAAUUGAAAAUCUGUCAAUUUUUGAUACUAAAGGAACUAUUAAAUAUAAUAACAAAGAAAAAACAUGUAUUCGAAAUAACGAAAAAAAUAUAAAAAAAAAUGAUAGAAAAAUUGUAAUUGGAUAUAAUUAUUUUACGAAUAGACAACAAAUGAUCAAUAGUGAAAAUAUAAAUAUUAUAAAAAACGUUCCAAUAAGUAUUUAUGUCGGAACAUGGAAUUGUGAAUAUUCAGAUUUUACAAAAGGAUAUGAAUAUGAAAAGAAAAGAUAUACAACAAACUAUUUAAGUGAAAAUACUAAAGAUGUGUUAUAUUCUAUGAAGCUUGAUGAUAGACAUACUAUAAGAUCUAUAACUCCACUAAUUUAUAUUGACCCAACUAUAAAAGGGAAUAAAAAUAAUGAUAAUGAAUAUUAUGAUGAGCUUGCCAAUUUCAAUUUGGGUAAUAAAGACGAAAAAAAUGGUGAAAAAAAUGGAGAUUACUGCAUACAUACACCAAAUAAACAAAUAUAUCCUAAAAAAAAUAUUCCCAAUACGUCAAUUGAAAACUCUACUAAAAGGAAAACAACAGAAACAAGUAUUCAUAAUUGUAAUCAAAUAUCUGGAAAAAAAAAAAAUAAUUUACAAAAUUAUAAAUCACAAGAAACUGAAAUAUUUUCUCACUGGAUAUCUCCAUAUUAUGAUAUAUAUGUCAUAUGUUUACAGGAAUCUAUUUCAGAUAGUAUAAUUGAAUGUUUAUCUAUGUAUUUAAAAGAAAUAAAUCAAGAAACUUAUGAAUAUUUGCCAUUAGCAGACUAUAAAUUAUCGGGAUAUGGGGAUGGAGCAUUUUUACAAAUGAAAUCUACAACAAUAGCUGCUUGGGUAAGAAAAUCUAAACUUCAUCCUAAAGGACCAGUUAAGUUAUGUGCAUCUAAAACAAUAGCUUUUAAUAAGUUAAAUAACAGUAAAGGAUGUGUAUCUAUAUUAUUAAAUAUAUUUAGUCAAUUUGUUUUAUUUAUUGGAUGUCAUAUGCCUGCCAAAGAUCAAGAGUUAAGACAAAAAUCAAGAGAAUUUAUUUUAACAAAAUUAAGUGAAUAUUUUAGUAAUAAAGCAACAUCAAAUUUUAAAGAUGUUUUUCAUCAUGUCAUAUGGAUGGGUGAUUUUAACUUUAGAGUCCAUGGAAUACAAAUAGAAAAGGUUGUUCAUCAUUUAAAAACAAACAAUUUAAAAGAGUUACUAAAAUAUGACGAAGGGAAUUCUCCAUAUUCAUAUGAUUUAUCUAUAAGCUUUCAAGAACAAGAAAUUAACUUCUUGCCAACAUAUAAAAAGAAUGGAAAUAGACCAAUAAUUGAUAAAAAUGAUAAAAAUUGGGUCGAAAAGGAAUACAAACUUAUUCAUAAUAUUAAAUGGUAUAAAGGAGGGAAACAAGAACCCCGCAUUCCUUCUUGGACAGAUCGGGUAUUUAAAUGGUCAUGUGAUAAAACUCAAAACUGUUUGACAUUCGUUCCUAAUACUUACAUUUCCCCAAUACCCAAAGAAAAAUGCAUACUGAUGUGCAGCGACCAUAGUCCCGUUUCCUGUUGUUUUCAAAUGUACAAAAUGACAAAUGAAGAGGAUAUUCCUUCGACAAAAAGCAUUUGGAAAUUUUAA